AUGGGAUUGGACAAUAUUCUAGAUACGCCGAUUGUGGAGAGCUGCGAGUUUCACAACCAAGUACAAACAUCAGAAAAUUUUGUAGUAGAGCAUAUGAGUUAUCUUCAGGACGAAAUUGAAUAUGAAAAAACAGAUCCAGAUUAUGGUCCAACCAUAAGCAACCAGAAAGAGUCUGAUGUAAAUUCAGAUAAUGAUCCUGAGGUUCUUGUAGUGACCGCUAAUAAUACUCCAGUUAGAACUACCAGAGAUACAACUUUGCAAUCGUUGGAAAAUAUAAUAGUGCUGGAUAAUAUCCAAGAUAUGCCGGUUGAGGAGAGUUUCGAGUUUCGCCAUCAAUUACCAAGACCAGAACAUUUCGAGAAAGAGCAUAUGAGUGAUUUUGAAGAUGAAAAUCUUGAAAAUAGAACAGAUCCAGAUUAUCAGAACGAAUCUGAUGCAAGUUCAGAUAAUGAUCCUGAGGCUGUUGUAGUGUCCGAUAAUAAUACUCUGAAUAAAACCACCAGAACUUCCAGAGGAAGAAAACGAAAAUUUGAAAUGCAAACAAACGUUACAGCAAAAAAAUUAAGAAAUAGUAACAAAGAAUAUUAUAAUUAUAAAGGCAAGCUUGUUAAACAAAAAUGUUUUCAAGAUUUUCAGCGUGAUAACACUGAUGCCGAAUUUCUUUCACCUGAAAUGACCCUUAUAAAAAUGUAUGACUUGUAUGUGGAAAACUUAAUUGGAGAAGAGAGGAACAAUGAGAUAAGGGAAUGGAGGGAAGGAAAUGAAAAAAAUAAAAAUGAUAUAUUGAAAGAUAUUGAUGCAAAAGACACGUGUAACACAUGCGAUUCCUUUGCUGCUAGAAUACAGUCGGCAACUGGUUCAGCCAAAAACGUUUUAGAAGAGGCACAUAACAAACAUAUAGACCUUUGGAGAGAAGCUCGAAAUCUCAUGAAUCAUGACAAAUUAGAGGCUCACAAAGUGAAGGAGUUUGAAUGCUGA